CCCGCACUCACUCACCAGCCACCAGCCACCAUCAUCUUUCAGCACUUGUUCAUUCAUUCACUCAUUCAGCUCGUCGUCGUCGUUGAAGGACCUCACACUCACUCAGUAGCACAUCCCGUGGUCAACUCUGGGACCCAUCACUCGUCACACCGACACUCUUUAGUCACAAGGCCGUCUCAAUCGUCCUCCAUCCCCACCAAUCUCCAACCCCCUGGAUCAUCGACUCUAGUUGGUCAAAGGAAAGGAGUUCACAUCUCAUCUACCUCGUCUCCGUCCUACUGCAUUGAUAUUCGACUGUGGGACCACGACAUCGGUCCACGACAUUGGUCCUCGCUCGAGUCAUUUAGAUCUGUUCAACUCUCACGUUUGACUGAACCCUCACUACGACCACCAUGAAAUACAUCGCUUUGGGUCUCGCGGUGGCGGGUCUGGCUGCUGCUCAGAAUUCGUCACUCAUCCCUGCCAACAUCUCCUCCACCUGCAACACCUUUUUGACCCAACUGAACAACGAUGACUCGCUCUCCAACUGCAUUCAACCAUUGCUCAACGCCACUGUCCAAUUCUCCCCUGUCAGCAAUGUCACCCUCAACGAAGAUGACAUUAACACGACUCUCGGAGCCAUCUGCAACACCAACGCUGGAUGCGCCGAUUCGACUAUCCGACAAUGGCUCAGUGAAUUCUAUGCCAAUUGCCAGGCUGAACUCACCGGACAGAGCACGUACAGCUCCGAUGUCAGGGAACUAUACGACGUUCUCUACGUUGCCAACCCUCUCAAAGCCGCCGUCUGUUCCGUCAACUCUGCGAAUCAGGACUACUGUAUCAAGGAUAUCAGUACCUCGGAGAAGUCUGGCAACUCGUCGACUUCUUCUUCUGCUGCUUCUUCUUCUGCUUCCGCUUCGGCAUCUGCUUCUGGAGUCGCGUCCGGCAGUCUGUUCACAAAGUGGUCACCGGUCGAAUUCGCAGCUGCCAACCUUUACAUCACCAUUCCUCAGACCGUUUCUCAAAUGACCAAGCGCAUGCUUGAGUACUUUUCUCCCCGUGGUGAACAAUCGCCGUUCUCAAUCAUCAAACCUAACACGACCACUUACCGAAACACAAACUUGCCAUUCUUGUUCUUGCAAGACGACAUGACUUCCUCUCAGUUGUGCACACCUUGCACUCGGGAAGUAUUUGUUGCAUACAUCAAGUGGGAAUCUCAGAUGCCCUACGCUUUGGGCCUCUCUCAAUCUCCUAUCCUUGGAGGUCAAAACCAAUUGUGGAGAUCCGUCAAUGCUACUUGUGGUGCUGGGUACGUCGAGUCUAUCAUUUCUGAAGUUGGGUCCGGCAACUUUGCCAGCUCGGGUAUCGGAGCCGCCGCGGGUACUUUGUCCACCAUCCCAGGUCUCGGUAUGGGUCUCGCUGUCCUUGCUGGAUCCGUCGCUUUGCUCUUCUAGAGCGUUUACCGUCACACUUGUUCGGCAUUUCAUUCUACAGUGUAUUUUUAAUCUUCUGCUUGGCUCGUCGUGGUCGGGGAAACAUCACACCGUCGACACGGGUCUGGCUUUACCAAAAAUCUUGGACAAUCAAUCCUUGUCUGCUUUUCUGGGUGGAAAGGGAAGGGAAAAGUACGGACGUUCUAUACCACCAGGCUUCUUCUCUUCUCUAUAGAGACCCUUUCUAUAUACCUCUCUUCUGUGUGUAGAAAGCAUGAUGUGCAUAUAAUGCAUGCUCGUGCCAGUUACGCGCGAUUAUUAAUGCUAUACUGUGAUG